GUACCAUUAGACGUUGUGCUGAACUGUUUCGAGCGUAGCGCUGAACCCACUCAGCCUAUUUCGAAGAAAACUGACACAACAAACGCCUCGUUAACUCUUGGUGUAUGUUGCUUAUACGAACCGAUUAACAGCCGUAUGACUCUCUCAUGGAUGAAGGGUGUUGAAAGCCUCUGAGGGCACUUAUCCGUGUGAAGUGGCAGUCAUUUGAGUGAAUUAGCAGGUUAGCCGAGCUCCAUCAUGACAGUAGCGGUGUUUUUCGGCUGUACGUUCAUCGCUUUCGGGCCAGCAGUCGCUUUGUUCCUGUUUACUAUCGCCCGGGACCCGCUCCGUGUGAUCUUCCUCAUAGCAGGGGCGUUCUUCUGGCUAGUGUCUUUGUUGCUGUCCUCUCUUGUGUGGUUCAUCACAGUUCAGAUCAGCAACAAGAACAGUGCCGCUCAGCAGAGAGGGCUGCUCAUUUUCGGGGUUGUGCUCUCUGUGCUGCUUCAGGAGACUUUCAGAUAUGGUUACUACAGAUUGCUGAAGAAAGCAAAUGAAGGCCUGUUGGCGCUCAGUCAGGAGGACACCAUGCCUAUCUCCAUGCGGCAGCUAGCUUACGUAUCGGGUCUGGGCUUUGGCUUCAUGAGUGGAGCUUUCUCUGUGGUCAACAUACUCUCAGAUUCCUUGGGUCCAGGAACAGUCGGUAUCCAUGGCGACUCUCAACAUUACUUCAUAUCCUCAGCUUUUAUGACACUGGCCAUUAUCUUACUGCAUAUGUUCUGGGGGGUUGUUUUCUUCGAGUCGUGUGAGAGACAGAGAUGGUGGGCUCUUGGAGCUGUGGUCAUCAGUCAUCUAGUAGUAUCAUGUCUGACAUUUGUGAAUCCACACUAUCAAGGCAGUCUCAUCCCGACGUACAUCAUACUGUCUGUCAUGGCGGCUUGGGCGUACUUGUGUGCUGGAGGAUCUUUGAGGAACCUCAAACUCUGCCUCACCUGUAAAGAUAAAGACUUUUUGCUGGCCAAUCACAGGCCUAGAUAACCCAUCAGCUACAAACAGGACUUUCUCCAAAGACCGGCUCAUUGAGCCCGUAGGCCGACGGCACGGCCAGCAGCCCUGGACUCUGGGAGGCUUAUGGUCUGGGAAGUCUGCAUAAGAAUGGUUGCUGAGUAACAGGAAUUUUAUGUCUGCAGAUCUUGCACUUUCUGUAAUUACCUCCUCUUCUGUUUUCUGUUCUGUACCUCAUGUUCUGUGUGAAAGAGACACUGAAACCAUGUCAAAGAGAGUGUGUGUGUUUUAUACUAAAGAAUUGUCUAGAGCUGCUUUCAUAUGUGAUUUUUCUCCUUUGUAGCAGGUUUUAAAAUGAGGUCUUGUAUAGGUUUGGCCUUAAAUUGUUUACUCUUCCCCGUGUAUUUUAUGUUUAACUGGCCAGUUAGGCUCAA